UCAAUUUUUUUUUAAUAAAAUGAUAUAAACAGUCAAAAUGAUAAUUAAAAAUGUUGGUAGAAUAACACAGAUCUUAUCACGUUUGUGUGCGCUGCGAAAUUUGAACACAAAUCCAAUUGACAUACAAGCGAUAGUGCAUCAAAGAUCUGCAAAAGCUUUGGCAGCGGCUCAGAUACGAUCUCUGUGUGUCAUUAGCACAAACUAUCAACAACGACAACGCUCCAGCUCCUCUUCCGACCACCCGCACACAGGCUUAGUGCUUACAGCGGCUAUUAGUUUCAGUCUCUUUGACAGCAAAGACAAGGAUGAGGAGGAGACACCCGAGGCAAAACUAAUAAAUACAAUCAAACGUUCUAUACUGUGCAUACAACGGGAACAGUAUGAGAAGGCGGAGCAAAUGUUACACUUAUGCUUGCGUAUGGCCCAAGAUAUUCAGUCUACCCAUGGUAUUACGUAUGUCUAUGAUCUAAUGGCUAACUUGGCAAUGGAACGCCAGCAGUUCAAAAAGGCUGAAAAGAUAUUUGUGGAUGUGAUGAGGCGUUUAAUGAACGAAGGUUAUGCUGAUGACAGUCCAAAAAUACUGCAUAUAAGUUCUAAGAUAGCUCACAUGUCGCAGAUGCAGGGAGAGCUAGAGAAAAGCCUCCAGGGUUUUACGUGGACAAUGCAAAAACUCGCCAAGUUAGUGGAAAAAAUGCCGGAAGACAAAGAUAUACUCGAACUAUAUGGUCUGACUAAGAACUGGUUUGGUCAAUUACUGAUGAAGCAGGGUAAAUAUGCUGAAGCCAAAAAUCUUUUCAAGGAGGCUUUGGAAAUCCUUGUAGACAUAUAUGGCACCGUCAACGAUGCCUCUGUGACCAUAUUGAACAACAUUAGCGUGGCAUAUGUUAAUCUGGAAAACUAUGCUGAGGCGAAGGAAACGUUGCUAAAUGCACUGAUCAUAGCCAAGGAGCUGAAGGAUGUUACUCAGGAGGGCAUUUUACAAGCCAAUCUGGGACUUGUUUAUUUACGUGAAGGUCUGCUCAAGGAAGCUGAGAAAUUCUGCAAGCUAGCUUGGAAAAUUGGUAAAAAGGAGAACAAUGGCGACGCUAUUGAGCAGGCGGAGUAUUGUCUGAAUGAAAUCAAAUCCUCGCUAAAUAAGUAAAAACAGUUUUUGCAAAA